UGCCACCUGCUUCAAAAGCGGCCAGGCUAAACCGAGGCCUGCAGAUAGCCCUGCGCUGGUCUUCAAAGGCAGCUCCCAGGACGGCCACCCAGGUCCUCCCGAGAUGAAGGGCUUCCUCUUCUUCCUCCUCACCAUCAGCCUCCUGAUUAUGAUUCAGCUACAACCUCUAGUCUUGACAGGCUCGAGCACCCCCCCCACCAAAGUCUCCACAAGAGCCACCGCCAAGAAAGCCACCAAGGGAGCCCCUGCUGCCACCUCCCAGGGCGGGCCCCCGGUGCUCAGCAUGGCCGAAGGAGGCUACCUUCUCCUCUUGGUCAACAUCCUCACCCACUUCUACCUCAGCUGAGGGGACACCUAGCCUGGCUCCGUGCCCCGAGGCAGCUGAGAACUGGCAAGCAAGGGGUGGGAUUGAUGCCGGAGACCACCAGGCUGCGACACUGCCAGGUGGUGUCGGGGCAGGGGCAAUGGCAAGACGGAGAUCGUGUGGAGGCGCAGGCACCACCCAGGUGGGGGUCAAUAAAGUCUUCCUGGUACUUGG